ACAACAACACGGACACGCCGCAGCCGCCAUUAUUUUCGACUGUCUUCGCCCGCCGAUGUCAUAUCGUCAGUAGCCUCUCUGUGUGUUUGAUUAUUUGAAAAUUUUUCUCCUGCCGAUCUGCCGUACGUCUCUGAAAAUUGAAAAUGACGACUGAAUGGAGUUAUGAAGUGAACGAUUUGGUUUGGGCCAAGAUGAAGGGUUUCCCGCCAUGGCCAGGACGCGUGAGCGAGCCAACUGUACAGCUUGUUAAGAAACCAAAGAAGAAUUGCAAAUGUAUUUUCUUCUUUGGCACUAAUAAUUAUGCCUGGAUUGAACUGGGAUGUUUAAAACCAUACUUUCAGUUUAAAGACACUUUGAGCUAUAGUUGUAAAACUAUACAUUUCAGAGAGGCUUGUAAGGCAAUUGAACAGCAUAUAGAAGAAAAUGGUAGUACCGAUCAAGGAGUUAAUAAUGGAUUAUCAGAAGCUGAGUCAAGAUUUGAAAAUUUAGUUCAAAAUGAAAUUUCAAGCUUUCAACCUGAGAAAUCUAAACCUCCAAACGUACGCAGUGCAUCAACACCACUACCUGAAAAAGCUGCUAAGAAAAGACAAUCCAAACCAGUUGAAUCUGAAUCUACCUCUAAUGGGCCCAAGAAGAAUAAACCGAAAAGACCCCGUGUAAACUCAAGCGUUAGUAAAUCUGAUGAUAAUAAUACUGAUAUUCUUACAAAUCUUGGAUUAACAAACAACCAUACAAGUCCGCUUCGGAGAAAUAAUACUUUAUUGGACAGACCUGCAGUGACAGCUCCAGUAAUCCCUCCUUUAGAUAUAAAAACAAUAUCUAAAUCUUUAUUGCAAAAGAAUAUUACACCAUCUCGUUUGAAAUUAGGAUUCAUUGGUUUGGGAAAUAUGGGAUCAGGAAUUGUGAAAAACCUAUUAAAUUCAGGACAUCGUGUGAUCGUUUGGAAUAGAACUCCAGAUAAGUGUCUAAAAUUUCAAGAUGCUGGAGCCACAGUUGCAUUAACUCCAUCAGAUGUUAUUGGAGUAUCAGAUAUAACAUUUUCUUGUGUUUCUGAUCCACAAGUUGCUAAAGAUAUGGUAUUUGGGAAUUGUGGUGUACUUCCUGAAAUAAAUAAAACCAAAGGAUUUGUUGAAAUGACUGGUAUUGAUCCAGAAACAUCUCAAGAUAUUUGUGAGGCUAUAUUGAGUAGAGGUGGGCGUUAUUUAGAAGCCAUGAUUCAGGGAAGUAAAGCAGAUGCUGAAGAAGGGGAAUUAAUUUGUUUGGCAGCUGGCGAUAUGACUUUAUUUGAUGAUUGUAAAUCAUCAUUUUGUGCGAUUGCCAGCAAAUCAAUGUAUCUAGGUGAUGUUGGAGCAGCCACAAAAAUGAAUUUGAUUUUACAUUCAGUUAAAGCAGUAGCUCUAGCAGGAUUAGCUGAAGGUAUGGCUCUGGCUGAUAGAGCUAGUAUAUCUCAACAAUCUAUGCUAGAAAUUCUAGGAAUGACUUCAUUGAAGUGCCCAUUGUUAUUAGAAAAAGGGAGUGCUAUGAUGAGCGGUAAUUUUCAAACAAAUCAAGCUUUAAAACAUAUUCAAAAGGACUUAAGUUUAUCAUUAAACUGGUCAGAUAUUUUGGAACAACCUUGUCCAGUUACAGCCAGUGUAAAUGAAGUAUUUAAACAUGCAAAACGUUUAGGUUACAGUGAUCAUGAUACAAGUGCCGUAUAUAUUCGAACUAAAUUUUAAUUUAUGGAACUUUCAAUUAUCUUAAAUUUUUCCUUUUUUUUUUUUUUGACAUUAAUGACCACUUAGUAAGAAUUUUUUCAUGUAACAAAUUAUUUUGUUGAAAAUAUAAAUGAAUAAUAACUAUUAUUUUUUACUUAA